GACAGUUCCAGAACACCUGUCAAUAUGACAGUCUUUUGAAUUUGGCAUUUUUUCCUAAAUUUUAUUGUAUCAUUUGUGGUCUUCAAUAUUUUUUCUUUUACAUGGCACGAAAACAUAUAGUAUUAAUUUGAGGUUUUGAUGACGCUGACCUACAAUACAACGCUACAUCGCAAAACGCAUAUACGCCUGCGCUGAACUAACCAAACAAAUCAUUUUGGAGGGAACCAACCAACCAACGCACCAACGGUUACGUCGUGGCCAUUUAAUCCCUUUAAAUUUGUUUAUAUUUUUAUAAAAUUAUUUGUAAAACAUGUCUCAGCCCUCCGUCGCAAACUAUUUUAACACGAGAAAGAGGUCAGCUAUUGAGGACACCAAAAUAAAUCGUGCUAAGAAGGUAUUGUUACUUGAUUCAAACAAUUUUUCUAGUGCAAGCAAAAAUGGGUUAGAUACUCCAAAGAAAGUCGAGCUAGUGGAAAAGAAUGAGGGGCUUUUUAGUACACAUAGUGAUAAACUACAAGAAAAGAAAGAAGGUAUUGUGAAAUCCUGUAAUAAAAUAGUGACUAAGCCAAGCAGUGAACGCCCGAAGCUGGUCCCCAAAAAACGUGCAACUCCUAGAUCAAAAUCGGCAACUAUAACGACUUCAAAGAACAUUCAGGAGUUAUUGAACAACAUGAAGAGUAAGUUAGAUAACAAAGCAAGUGAUGUACCUAUAGACCUGCCUGAAACCACUGCAAUAGCUGAUAAGAUAGAUAAGCAAAUAGAUGAAAUUGAAAGACAGGUUACUCCACCAAAUUCACCCAUAAAAAAGAUAAAUGCUUUGGAUAAAGUGAAGGACAAACCAGAUGGGCCUUCUUUGAAAGAAAUCAGAAGGAAAAUGACGAGGAGUGCUAGGCUGGCAGAAUUGAGAGCCUCAAUAAGUAGGUUUCAAGAGGGUGAUAAGAAACUAAAGGAAAUUGAAAAGAGGACUGAACAAAUUCCCGAAUCCCCUAAACUCCAGAAGUUUAGGACCAUAGAACUAGAAGUUGCUACUAGCCCCAAAAAGGUAUUUUCUCCAGAAAAGUGCUACCUGAGCCCUAAAAAGGACACCUCAGCUAGGCGAAAUCUUCUACAGCAGUUUACUCCAACAAAAAUGCUGUUCCAAUUGCUCCAGAUUCUCCUUCUAAGCAAAUCCUUCAAGAAAUCACUAAACCAGCACUCACAUUGCCAUACAAGUAUAGACACCUGGCAGAAAUAUUCAGGUCAAUAGACAUUAUCUGUCAGAUACUGUUCAAUAGGAAGGAGACCAUUACAUUCAGGAAGUUGAAACCUGCUGUUGAGGAGAUGAUGAAGAGAAAUUUGUUAGAGAAGCAUCUAGCACAGAUCAAGCAGAUUUAUCCUGAUGCCUUUCAGUUCAGCCAGGAGAAACUUAAGGUCUUCGGUGCAGGUAAAAAAAGACAAAAUCAAACCUUAAUAAAUCAUUUUUUCCAUACUAACUUGAGAAAUAUCCUUCAUUUCUCUAAGGAGCCGUUAC